AUGUCGUUCACCUCGAUCCCCAUCCUGGACCUGGCCGAGGCCCAGGAGCCGGCGACCAAGCCCGAGUUCCUUAAGCAGCUGCGCCACGCGCUGAUGGAGGUGGGCUUCCUGUACAUCAAGAACGUCGGCAUCCCGGAGAGCCUGUUUGCGGAUGUGAUUGAGCAGGCAAAGGCCUUUUUCGACCUGCCUGAGGAAGAAAAGCUCAAGAUUGAGAUGAAGAACGCGCCGUCGUUCCUGGGCUACUCCCGGCUCGCCGCCGAGAUCACCGCCGGCGCCGCCGACCACCGCGAGCAGCUCGAUCUCUCCACCGAGCACCCGCUCCCCUCCCCCUCCGCGCCUCUUCACCACAACCUGCGCGCGCCCAACCAAUGGCCGUCCGCCGGCGCCCUCCCGCGCUUCCGCCCCGUCCUCUCCGACUACCUGACCCGCAUGGGCGCCGUCUCGCGCGUCUUCACCUCCCUCGUCGCCGAGGCCAUCCACCUGCCCGCCACGGCGUUCGACGCCUACUUUGACGAGGACCAGCAGCACAAGCUCAACCCGCACAAGGACAGCAUGCUGACGAGCUACCUGCUGCAGGCGACGGCGCACCGCGGCCUGCAGGUGCAGAACCUGGGCGGCGCGUGGGUGGACUGCCCGCCGGUGGCGGGCACGCUGGUGGUGGCGAUCGGGCAGGGGCUGGAGGCGCUGACGCGAGGCGCCUGCGUGAGCACGACGCACCGCGUGCUCUCGCCGGGGGCGGGGGAGGGCGCGCGCCUGUCGGUGCCGUUCUUCCAGGGCGUCAAGGCCGACGCGGCCUUUGCGGACCUCGAGGUUGGCGGCGGGGGGGAGGUGCGGAGGGAGCGGCGGGCGGUGGGGGAUGACGUCGAGUUCACGUUCAGGGCGGGCGGCGCGGCGAGGACGUUGGGGGAGGCGACGCUGAGGAACCGCGUGAAGAGUCAUCCGGAUGUGGGCGAGCGCUGGUACCCGGACAUCCUACGGGAGAUCCGCGCGGAGCAGGCGGCGAAGGCGGAGCAGAAGCCGCAGGCCGAUGAGGUGGUGCGCGGGGAUGGUAUUACUCAUGGGUCGUCUCUUCCAGCGGCCAAGGUGGAGGCGCAUUAA